AUGACCAGAGAACACACUAUCAACAUUCACAAGCUCAUCUAUGGAGUAGGUUUCAAGAAGCAUGCCCCUCAGGAACUCAGAGAGAUCUGGAAAUUUGCCAUGAAGGAGAGGGGGAACUCCAGAUUUGACGAUUCUGGAAAAAUCACAUUAUCUCCUAUGGUUAUAUUUCCAGGUUACAAGGAUGGAGAACUUGCAAAAAAAUCAGAUCCCAGAGUCUCGAUUCUAAAAAGUGGAGGCACUGCGAAGUCAAAGAGUAGCGAAGACAAAAACAAGGAAGCACUAAAGAAGGAAAUCUCCUUCACAGGUUCUGAGGAGUCCUUGGUGCACAAAACAGAGUCAGAAAGAAACGCAAAAGACCCUGAUUUGGACACAGGGAAGGUAGACAUGGAGGCCAAGGUAAAGGGGAGUGAUAUGGGAAUGCCAAGAAGAGAGGAAGCCCAAGCGAAGGUGAGUGAGGCCGGAAUACCACAAGGACAAGCAUCUCAAGAAAAGGAGAGUGAGGUGGAAAUACCACAAGGACAAGCAUCUCAAGAAAAGGAGAGUGAGGUGGAAAUACCACAAGGACAAGCAUCUCAAGAAAAGGAGAAUGAGGUGGAAAUACCACAAGGACCAGAAUCUCAAGUGAAGAAGAGUGGGGCCAAAACACCAAAAGGACCAAAAGCGAAAGUAAAGAAGAGUGAGGCUGGGACACCACAAGGACAGAAACCUCAAGAAAACACUGAGAGUUCUGAGGCUAAAGGAAACCAGGUCAAAGAAAAGGAAGAUGCAGGAAAGACUAAAGAUACGAAAGAAACUGAUGCCAAAGACAAGAAAAGUGGUGAAGGAAAGGACCAAGUUAAGGGAAAGAAAGAACCACAAGUCAAGCGUAAAAAAGCAGAAGCAAAAAAGGAGACAGGCAAUUAAAUGAAGGAAGUACAAUGAAAGGAGGCAGAGUGAAGAUAAAUGAAAGGAAAGCCCGUGUGACAACUGAUUAUUAUGGAUCCUAUCGCCCUGAUCCGAGUCAUAUCCCAGCCAUCGCUUAAAUGGAUUAUAAUUAUAGGAUGCUUAUGAUCCAU